UAACAUGAGAUGGUGUAAUAGGAAUCUCGCUUUUUUACCUGAGAAGUUUCAAGAAAUAAAAAUAUCAACGAUUUCGUUUUGUUUACAACUCAGUGCUGAAAUAUCAGAGAGUCCUAGUGUACAAUGUCGUUGGUAGCAUAUGAUUACAGCGACGAAGACUCUGAUCAAGAGGAAUCGGUAUCAGAUGAACAAAUGAAUAAACCCAGCAUCAUGCAGAAGAUGACUUCCGACGAACUGGUAAUAGCGGUCAGUCAUAAUCCAUCUGGCACGGAAGAGGAGUCAACACUUCAUAUUGCUCUUCCGGUUCCAAAAAAGAUCACUGAAGUGAAUCUUGAAGAGGAAGACGACGAAUUUUUGCGGAAAAAAGCUAUUCCCGAAAUAAAACCACCGCUCCCUACUAUCAGGCCGAAGGUAAAAAAUGGAAAGGUUCAAAUCACUAUACCUUCUAUGAAGGACUUCAAGGAUGAGAAUAAAAAGCCAUCAAAACCCGUAAUCGGUGCCGAAUUAUCCAAGAAGCAAACGGGGUUACUCAGUAUACUCCCAAAGCCGAAAUCAGGAUCGAUGGUCACACCUAUUCCAAACCCAUCGACAGCACCUGCCAAGCCUAUUUGUAGUCGACUCAUUCCGGAUGCUGUAGCGAAGCGGCCAAAGAAUAAUCCGGAAACGAAAUUUCCUAAAAAACCUGUAAAGAAAAAUGAAUCUGUAAAAUCUAUCGAGAACGAUAGCGAUGCAAGUGAUGACGAGGAAAAAUUGGACUUCUUUUCGCUGUGUACAGAUGACAAAUUACCAGAAAUCAGUGCUAACGAAAUUAAUGCAAUGGUAGCGAAAAGAGCAGCCCGAAUGGCAGAAGCCGCGAAAAAAUUCAUUCAUUCAGAUGAACCAGAAGAACAACCAGGCACAAGCCACAUUCAAUUGGCAGAAGACUCCAUGUCACAUCAAAUUAAUGAUGGUCUUACAAACGAACGCGCUCUGUCUUCGCUGAUAGGAGGAAACAAGGCAAAAAGAGCACGCGUGGAUGCAGUGAAGAUUAUCGACAUAAGUUCAUCGGACAUCGUGCCAACGAAGGAAGAUUUCCUUCGCCGGAAGUUGCAGGAUGAAACAGGUUAUGUACCAACAGGGCACCUCGUAGGAGAUUGGAGCUGUACGAGCAAACGAAAAUCGCAUAUCACGCAUCUGGCAUCAAAGGCACAAGCGAACUCGCAAGAAUUGGAAGCCAUGUGGGCGUCAAAUAGGCAAAGCAGAAGACAGACGCAGAGUAAAUAUGGGUUUUAGAUAUGUGGUAAUAAAGAAAUCAAUAGUUUCCCAAUUGUGUUUGUUAACUAACUGGAGAGGGCAUACUUAUACUACACAUAAUUUCAGCUUCAGAUUA